CCGCACAGCGAGUUGUCAUUACAAAAUAGACCAAGGAAAAAUAGGUCUUUGGCACAGAUUUUGGCAUUAUAUGGCGUGUUAUCCAGUGAAUUACAUAUUUUGAGUGUAAACGGAUCUUUUUUAAACUUAAAGUUUGCACAGUCAGGCGUGUGCUAAUUGAAGUUGGCUAAUUGUAGUUGGUUAAUAAUUAACAGCCUGAGACAUGCAAAACUACGCAGAGGUGAUCAAGGACUUUCUAGAGAGCCAUGCGACCGGUCUCACUGUUGCCUUUGUUGCAGGGGCAGGCUUGCUGGCCUUGCGUAGGUGGAUGGCCGGAGGAGUGUGCCGGAGCAAGGUCAGGCUGGAUGGGAAAACAGUCCUGAUCACAGGAGCCAACACUGGCAUUGGGAAAGAGACGGCCCUGGAUAUGGCCCAGCGAGGGGCCAGAGUGAUCCUAGCCUGCAGGGACAUGACCAGAGCCCGCAUUGCAGCUGAUGAAAUCCGACAGAAGAGUGGGAACGGCAACGUGGUGGUGAAGAAACUGGACCUCUCCUCGCUGCAGUCAGUCAGAGACCUAGCCAAAGACGUCCAGGAGAACGAGGAACGCUUGGACAUCCUCAUCAACAAUGCAGGUAUCAUGAUGUGUCCUAAGUGGAAGACUGAGGAUGGCUUUGAAAUGCAGUUUGGUGUCAACCACCUGGGACAUUUUCUCCUCACCAACUGUCUCCUCGACCUGCUGAAGAAGUCGGCUCCAAGUCGCAUCGUCAUCGUCUCCAGUCUGGCACAUGAGAAAGGUCAAAUUCACUUUGAUGACAUCAACCUGGAUAAAGAUUACAAACGUGAGAAGAGCUACCGCCAAAGCAAGCUGGCCAAUGUGCUCUUCUGCAGAGAGCUGGCUGCAAGACUGAAAGACACCGGUGUGACAGUGUACAGCCUUCACCCUGGGGUCAUCCGCACAGAGUUAGGCCGCCACUUGUUCCCUACUUUAUCCCUGUGGAAGAGGGUCAUAGCCAAGCCAUUUUUGAUGCUGAUCAAAAGUCCCUGGGAAGGAGCUCAGACCACCAUCUACUGCGCCGUGGACGAGAGCCUGGCAAACGUCAGCGGCCUUUACUACAGUGACUGUGCCCCCAAAACGGCGGCACCGCAGGCCCUGGAUGACGCCGCAGCCAGGAAGCUAUGGGACCUCAGUAACUCCAUGGUUGGUCUGGCUUAAACGCAUCAUCCCGCCCUGCUUUCACCUGACAUUCCUCCUGCUGGAGUCAGUGGCCCUGUUUACAUGGGUGGAAAAAUUACAGAAAUUAAUUUUAUUAUCUACUAUGCAUAAGGGCAUUGCAUUUAUCAAGAUUUUUUUUAACUUUUCCAAGUCUUUUAUAGCUGAAAGAUUUGAUGAUGAGUAAAACAAUUUGCACUAAUUUAUCAGUCAGUUGAUUGAAUGUUAAAAGUAGGUGCACUGAUUUAUCUUUAUAUUAUAGAAUGUAUAUUCUGCAUACCUAAUAAUUUGUGCUUUAUUGUGUAUCUACGGUGUGCUCAUAUAUCCUUAUUAAAACAAGGUUAUACUUGCUUAUUCAUCAAUUUAUCAUAUUAUGUUAUUAUAUUGUUUGCAUUUCAGUGAGCAAUUUCUGUUAUGCAUUUAACUUCUAACAUGUUUUGAUUUGGAAAAGCUAAAAUGCUUGUGGGCCAAACAGGUUCUCAUUUUUUUCAUCAUAUGAUUGUUGCUGCAAAUUCAAAAAGACGCGUAAGGCUUCAAACUUCUGCGUUUAUUCAUGGCGUCUAACAACAAUUACCAACAUACAGUAAGAUGAUUGUACAGUUUCUGUGUCAACCUCAGUGCAGAAACACAUUCGUAAAAACAUAUAAAGCAAUACUACAGUUUCAACUACAAGGGAAGGAGGAUGAGAGCCAAUUUUGUUUCCUCCAGGGUGAAGAAGUAGACUUUGGUGAAGUAGUCCUGAAGUGUUAUGUAAAAGCUGGGAAGUGACCGUAGGUGCUGGCAGCGGUGAGAAGGUUGUUGCACUUGAGAGGACAGAGGAUCCUCCGCCAGGUGUGGAGAGGGAGUGGACGCCUCAGGGGCAGAGAGCAGUUAGGAAACACCCAGUAGAUUGUGUGAUUGUGUGUUUGUUUGUGUGUGUGUGUGUGUGUGUGUAUUUUAUACACGGUAGAUGCUGUUUGUUGUAUCAUGAUGCAGUAGAUCUGGUGUUUUGUUACUUUUUAGGUGAGAAUUAAAUUAUGUGCCUGUGUUGACAAAGUGUACAAAAGGGAGGCAACAGCAGUGUAACUCUUUUGGCAAUAAAUGUCUGAUUAAAAGUGA